AUGUCUGUCCCACAACCCGUCCCACCCUCCUGGAAGGAUCUCGGAAAAAGCUCCAACGACCUCCUAGGAAGGGAUUACCCAUUCCAGGCCAUUGGUCUCGAGAUUAAGACCAAGACUCCCUCCAAUGUUGCCUUCCGUGUUGCUGGAACGCACGACUCUAAGUCGGGACACAUUGUUGGCGACCUCGAGGCCAAGUACACCGAGCCAAAAUACGGUACUAUCCUCACCAACACCUGGACCACUUCCAAUGUGAUCCGCUCUCAACUCGAGGUUGAGAACCAGCUCGCCAAGGGUCUCAAAAUCGAAGCCCACUCUGCGCUUCACCCCGAAAAAGGUAUCAACAGCGGUCUCCUUCACUUGACUUUCAAGCAACCUGGUUACCAUGCCCGAACUGCUCUCAACCUCUUCAACGGAUCCAACAUCACGAGUGAUAUCGUCCUCGCCAGGAAUGGUAUCCUCAUCGGUGCUGAGACCAACUACAAUGUCAACGAUGGAAGCAUCACUCGCUAUGCCACCGCUCUUGGCUACAGCGCUCCUGAUUAUGCCAUCACCCUCCACUCCCUCAGCAACAUGCGCCUGUUCUCUGCCUCUUACUAUCACCGAGUCAACGCUGAUGUUGAGGCCGGCGCUAAGGCUGUCUACAACUCGUCUGCGUCAUCCAACGGCAUGAACCUUGAAGUCGGCACCAAAGUGCUGCGUUCGUUAAGGCUAAGAUUACCAGCACUGGUCUCCUUGGCUUGUCCUACACCCAGACCUUGCG